AGUUAGGAAUCUCACCAUUUACUGACUAUAACAAAAUGGUAUCCUUCAACACUCUUUCUAAGCUCUGUCUCGUGGUGGCAUUUGGUCUGUCUACCACAGCCACUUCUACCGAUGUAGCCCAGGAGAAACCCAAGAAGGAGUCUCUCUUAAGCAGAUUCUUUGGUAAAAAAGAGGAAGCUAAGACUCAACCUGUGGAUGUAAAAGAACCAACGAAAACAGAUACUCAAGAGCAUAAUAAUACAAGAGGUCUCUUCAUGUACGAUGUUGAAUGGCUUCUGGAAUCCAAGCCGGAAAACAGAGCUGCCUUACGUAAAGCAUUACCAAGCGAUAUAGCAAAAGACGUUCCAGAGGACUGCAACAAGCGAAUGUGGUCAGGACUAGAGGAAUAUAUUUCUAAGUUUUUCAAAUUUUAUGCCAUUGGAUGGUAUCUGUUACCUGAGCCGGAAAGUAGAGCAGCGCUACGUUAUGUGUUGCCAAAGGAUUUGGCUGCCAAAGUUCCAGAAGACUGUAAUGUGCCAAUAAAACCUGAAGUAGAGAAAGACAUCAGAAAGUUAUUCUCGGAAACUUUCCAAAAGCAAAGAUUAAGACGUGAAUGGAAUACCGGUCACAUGUUUUCAUAUGGUUAAUCACAAAUAUUGUAAUACCAUCAUGAAAACGAAGU